AUGUUUAUCAAGAAUUUCAGCAGGGUAGCGGUGGUCACUUCCGUGCUUUUUGCCGGGCAUGGUAUUUCCAUCCCGACAAAUUCGAGACUCCAGAAGCGUGCGGAUGUUGACAGCUUCAUUGCGUCCGAGAGCCCAAUAGCUCUUGCUGGAGUCCUUGCAAACAUCGGGUCGAGUGGAUCGAAGGCAUCAGGAGCUGCAUCCGGAAUCGUGGUAGCGAGCCCUUCGAAGUCUGAUCCGGAUUACUUCUACACAUGGACACGAGACUCCGCGCUUGUCUUCAAGGCCUUGAUUGAUCAGUUCAUCGUCACGGGAGACUCAAGUCUGCAAACACAGAUUGACAACUACAUCUCGGCACAAGCCCAGCUUCAGGGAGUCUCAAACCCUUCUGGGGCACUGUCUAGUGGUGGACUUGCAGAACCUAAGUUCAAUGCAGACAUGUCAGCUUUCACUGGUGCUUGGGGCCGGCCUCAGCGUGACGGUCCUGCCCUUCGCGCAACUGCUCUCAUCGCAUACUCUCGCUGGCUCAUCAGUAAUGGAUACACUUCCACUGCCAACAAUAUUGUCUGGCCGAUAAUCCAAAACGACCUCUCGUACGUAACACAAUACUGGAAUCAGACCGGAUUUGACCUCUGGGAAGAAGUCAGCGGCUCUUCAUUCUUCACCAUUGCUGUUCAACACAGGGCUCUUGUCGAAGGCAAUAUAUUGGCGACCUCAUUGGGCAAAUCUUGCAGCAAUUGUGUCUCUCAGGCUCCGCAAACGCUCUGCUUCUUGCAGAACUUCUGGAAUGGCAACUACAUCGUCUCGAACAUUAAUGUCGACAACGGAAGGACGGGUAAAGACGCAAACUCCAUUCUUGCUUCGAUCCAUACGUUUGAUCCUCUGGCUGGAUGCGACGACACUACUUUCCAGCCUUGUUCGUCGAAGAUGCUGGCCAACCACAAGGCCGUGACGGACUCGUUCCGCUCUUAUUCCAUCAACAGCGAGAUAGCCCAAGGAGCUGCCGUAGCUGUGGGCCGAUACUCCGAGGACAGCUACUACAACGGAAACCCUUGGUAUUUGAACACAUUAGCAGCCGCCGAGCAGCUCUAUGAUGCCCUCUAUCAAUACAACAAACUCGGAUCCAUCACCAUUACGUCUACCUCCCUCGCUUUCUGGACAGACAUUUACUCUUCCGCGGCAGCUGGUACAUAUGCCUCAACAUCUUCAGCUUUUACUGCCCUGACCACAGCUCUGAAGACCUACGCCGACGGUUAUGUAGCCAUCGUCCAGAAAUACAUCCCCUCGAGUGGCGCCCUAGCCGAGCAAUUUUCAAAGUCAGACGGCACUCCCCUCUCAGCCUCCGACCUCACUUGGUCAUACGCAGCCUUUCUGACUAUGGUUGCGGCUCGUAACAACGUCGUGCCAGCAUCGUGGGGCGAGCCAAAUGCCAACAGCGUCCCCGCCAUCUGCUCCGCAACUUCAGCGACAGGCCCGUACAGCACCGCAACUAACACUGCCUGGCCAACCUUUAGUGGCGGCACCAGUGGCACACCAACCGGUACUAGCACUGUCACAAUCAAGCCGACCACUACGGCUACGUCGACCUCUGCUACCGGUUGCGCUGCAGUCACGUCGGUCGCUGUCACUUUCAACGAGCUUACCACCACGACCUUUGGUGAGAAUGUCUUCAUCGUUGGCUCUGUUUCUGCACUUGGGAGCUGGAAAACGGGGUCAGCUGUCGCCUUGUCAGCCAGCAUGUACACUGCCAGUAACCCGCUCUGGUAUGUGACAGUCACAUUUCCCGCCGGGACGACCUUCGAAUAUAAGUAUUUCAAGAAGGAGAGUGACGAGAGUAUCGUUUGGGAGAGCGAUCCUAACCGGAGCUAUACUGUGCCAUCGGGAUGCGCUACUGCGGCUACUGAGAGUGAUUCAUGGCGGUGAGUCUGGGGUAUGAGUCCUGGUUGGUGCUACUUGGAGUCAAAGCUUAGUAGCGGAGGCAAGCGUACAUACGUCCUAGUUAGCUGGAUAGACUGAAGUAGCAGGUUGUGAGGAUAACCUUUAACAGAC